ACCGAGUCGCCACAAGAAAAGUUUGGGUCUCCUCACGGUGAAGUUCGUCAGCCUGCUUCAGGACACGAAGGACGGCGCCCUUGACUUGAAAGCGGUCAGUGCGAAUGGCGACGUUGCCGGCGGCUUCGUGUCGCAUCGCCGGGGAAUGAAUCGGUGUUCCUCGGCGGGCCGCUCGGCAACAAAGGGCUGUCAGUCACACGCGCGCCGGUCAGGUGCAUUGAUUUGUGGAACAGGUGGCUCGGCCGGCGGCCAUUGCCCCCUCGGUUCAAUAACAACGAUCCCCGAGCGGUUAACAAAAAAAACCCUGUUCGCUGAGUGAGUGUUUAGCUUCGAGCUUUCAGUUAGAUUGUUAAUGAAAGUUAACUGGUCGGUACAGUUUUAUAUUUAUAUAUUUAUUUUAAAAAAAGGAGUAAAAACCGCAUUACAAAUAUUUCUUUUGGAAGAAAAAAAACAUAACUUUUUAACUUUUACAAUAUGUGCACUGUAGAAACAGGACUGAAUAAUGUCGAAACAUUAACUAAAUUAAAUCCGAUUUUCCUGCAGUGUCAGCAGGAUCUCAACCUUUACGUUUCCACACCCAUUGGCCAAAAGCGUGUAUUUCAACGUACGUGGCCAAUCACAGAAAGGUGCAUUUUAAAUAUAAAUAUCAAGCUUACCUUCCUUUUAUUUUUUUUACAUUAAAUUUGCCUGUUGUGAUGGCUGCUAGUUUGAAAUUGGUCAAAACAUGAUGUGCCUACAGUGUCAAAAUGAAUUGCCUUGAUCCCCUUCAGUGGAGAGUAGACUAACACAAUAAAGGCUGUGCAUUUGAAUACUACGUUAACGAAGUUAGGAAUAAAUAUAUAUAUAUGAUUGCCAAAGCCAAGUUAGCCCAAUCAGCUGACACCCAGAACUACUAAUAUCUUACUUUGAAAUUGUGCCAACAGCACAUGUAUGGGUUCUCUUCCAGCUAUGUACUAGCUACCCUGAAGGGCACACGAUUCCACCAUAUUUUCAUCACACCAGAAGUAGUUUACCUCCUUUCUUAAGCGCCAAAACUUGUUAAUGUUUACACAGCAUGCUUCUCAGACGCCGCUCCCUCCUCCCUCUUCCUCCUUUACUAUUGUAUCGGUUGGUUUAUUUUCAGUUUGUGCAGCUUCAUUUGCUAAACCCUUAAUGCGAUGGCUUUGUUUGAGUCUCUAUCCAGAGUUUCCUGUUACAGCGCGUUCAUCAGUGUCUGUGAGGUUUCUGUCAGCUUUGUUCAUAUUGAGCUUCCACUCAAUGACACCUUUUAUGAAAAUGUCUGACUUAAAUAAACAGGCUGCUGACAUCUUGGCAGUGAAGCAGAAGAGAAGGAUUUACGACAUCACCAACGUACUGGAAGGAGUCGGGUUGAUCGAGAAGAAAAACAAGAACGUAAUCCAGUGGAGGGGAGAGAACUCUGGCAGCCAAAACAAGGAGGUGCUAGAGCAGGUGAACCUUUUGAAGGCCCAAAUCUCCGAACUGGAGGCUCAAGAAAAAGCGCUGGACAACCAGAAGGCAUGGCUAGAGGAGAACAUCAUACACUUUAACCUCGAUCCCAUCGCCAGCACUUAUAAAUUUGUCACACAUGAAGACAUCUGCAGUGCCUUCAGCGGAGAGACUCUUCUUGCUGUAGUGGCUCCUGCUGGGACCCAGCUGGAGGUACCGCUACCUGAAACGGGCCGGGGUGGUCCGAACAAGUACCAGGUCAACCUACGAAGCACCUCGGCCCCCAUCCAGGUCAUGCUCAUCAACAGGGAAUCGGACUCCACGAUACCGGUGGUCUUCUCCGUGCCGCCCACCGACGUCAUCUGUCCGAUGCCGACUCCGCCGAGCACCCCCGCCAGCCUGCAGAGGUUCCCUUUCUCCACGUCGGGGUACUCCGCCUCCAGCACCACCAGCUCCUCCUUCUGCAGUCAGGGCUCAGACCACCAGGCGGCGCUAUCAGAACACAGUGAAGCGCUGACUCUGCCGUCCAGCCCUCCGGAUGUGCAGAUGGGUUGCCACAGUCAGGCAGCAGGCGUGUUGGCGCAGCAGCAGAUGGAGCUGACGGGCCCAGAGUUCCAGUCCUUGCUGGACGUGAGCAGCCUGUUGAAGCUCAGUGCUGCCGAAGACCACAUGAAGGACGACAGAGAGGAAGCUGUGGACCUGAUUGACGAGCUAAUGUCCACCGACGCAGAAAUAGACUACAGCUUCAACCUGGACGACAACGAGGGAGUGUGUGACCUGUUCGAAGUGCAGAUCCUGAACUACUGACGCCUCCUCCGCCGCGUGCUUUUACAACCUCAGGAGCCACCGUCUCCUCCCCAAAGACGGCCGGUGACUUCCCCCAUUUCUGUUACGCACACUGCUGACAAUCAAACGUUCCAAUGUCUCGGUUUUACCGGGUAAAAUAUCAAUCACUGAAACGAGUCGCCUCAUCGGAGUAAAACGGGACAAAUCCUUCAGCCUCCUACUGCACUUUUACAUAUUAGUAUUUUUCCACAUCCAGUGGGAAUUCUGAGACUAUACAACAGCGCUGCCUUCUGUCGAUGAAGAGUGGGAUUGUGAUGUUGUUUUCAUAUUGGUUGAUAUUCACAGGGGUCCCAACUCGGUGUUUACUGCUUUCAACAUUUGAUACACAGUCGAUGAUCUAGUUCUGUCUGUAAAUAACUUAUGCUUUGGGCUCUUUAAAAAAAGUCUUACCCAAUUCAAUGGGUAUAUUUGAGGAAAAGUCAUCUAAUAUUUUACAAGUGAAUGUUUCUGUUACAUUUCGUGACCUUGUUCUCAAUGUGAAAAUGGCAGAGAUUUAUUUCCUAAAUUAUUGUUACACUGCCAUUUUGGAACCUAAUUUUUUAUAUCCUUAUAUAAUUAGUUAUAUAUUUGAAUAAGUCAAAUCUUUAAUUUAAGAAAGAAGAUGUUGUGCCUAUUGCUGGUUGACUGCCUUAAUUGUAAUAAAAGUGAAUCGGCCAUAUUUGUGAACUGAAAUUUCAGAUCUUACAAGAGUGGCAUUUUUGUAUAUUUAUAGUUUUCUUUAACUAGUAUUUUUUUAUUACAAGUCAUGUUAUUUGGGACACGUUGGUCUUUAUUUGCACAGUUUUGAAAGUUUUUUUCAAUAAACUAAAGAUUUGUAAC